UUUAUGUCUUUUAGUAACUUCAUUGAAUGAUUUUGGUUUGAGAAUACUACUAUGCAUGAUUUUUUCUUUGGUUUAAAAAAAAAAAUAUUUGCUGGGGUACCUUCUUGAUGUCUGCUUCAAGAAAAUGAGCACUUUCUGCAAUAAAGUUUCAAGUUAAAGCUGAGAGGCCAAAAGUCUAAAGUUAUUGAGUAUUCAGAACUAAAUGGGAAAUUCUAAAAAUAUUGCACUAUACGUAACAAUAUGUGUGGUUUCUUUUAUCAUCUCGAAGAUUAUUAUGACAAUCGUCUGUUACCGUAGAUGGAAGAGAAAGCAAAUGGUUAUUCAAGACAGCUUAUCUGGUGGAAAACUAGUGAUGUUUAAGUCACCGAAAAUGAACACAUUGAAGUCCAACAUGUUCUUGAAGAGGACCAUGAAGCUGACUAACAAAGAUAUUAUAGGAUCAGGAGGCUAUGGAACAGUCUAUAAACUGACAAUUAACGAAUCAAUUUCUUUCGCGGUAAAGAGGUUAAACAGAAUAAGUGCAGAGCAAGACAGAGGUUUUGAAAGAGAGUUGGAGGCAAUGGGGGACAUAAAGCAUCGAAAUAUAGUGACACUUCAUGGAUACUACAGUACAACUCAGUAUAACCUUCUGAUAUAUGAGCUUAUGACUAAUGGAAGUUUAGAUGAAGUACUUCAUGGAAAAUCGGCUGCCAGGAAGGUUUUGGAUUGGCCUACAAGAUACAAAAUAGCAGUAGGAGCAGCAAGAGGAUUAUCAUAUCUACAUCACGAUUGCAUCCCUCACAUCAUCCACAGAGAUAUAAAGUCAAGUAAUAUCUUGUUGGAUCAUAACAUGGAGGCUCGAGUAUCUGAUUUUGGACUAGCCACUCUGAUGGAACCAGAUAAGACGCACGUUUCAACUUUGGUAGCUGGAACUUUUGGAUAUUUGGCUCCUGAAUAUUUUGACACCGGAAAAGCAACAGUCAAAGGAGAUGUUUACAGCUUUGGAGUUGUCUUACUGGAACUUCUAACUGGGAAAAAGCCAUCAGAUGAAGCAUUUUUGGAGGAAGGAACCAGACUUGUAUCUUGGGUGAAGACAGUUGUUCAAGAGAAAAAAGAAGAGUAUGUACUUGACAAAAACUUAGAAGAGUUUCCCAUAGAUGAAGUUAACCAUGUAUUUAACAUUGCAUUAGUUUGCCUUGAGGCAGAUCCAUGUAAUAGACCGACUAUGGCUGAAGUCGUUAUAAUGCUUGAGCAAAUAAAGAUAAAUGCUUUGGCAUGAGAUUCUUGGUGUUCUGUUCCAA